AUGUUCUGGCUCAAGUUUGGGCUCGGUAGACACGAAGUGGUUGUCCACGAGGAAGAUCCCAUGAACAUUACUCGAUUCUACCAGACGAUCUUUGCCAACGAAAUCAUGUAUCCAAUGGGACUCGCAAGCGCACGGCUAUCACUAGUGAUAUUAUAUCACCGCAUCUUUGGACUCUUCAGUGCAAGAUACUAUUUGUACGGUCUCAUGUUCUUCAUCGGAGCAUGGGCAAUCUACGCAGAGUUCCAGUCUGAGAAGGGUCCACAUCUGUCUCACAAGGAAUUUGAUAUAAACAUAUGCUACAUGGAACAUGGCAAGGUGUGA